UUGCUAAAACGAAAGUGGAAACGGGUCAAGAGAAACAUAAGACACUAGAAUCAAAGCAUAAACAAUUAAGCAAAAAGAAUAUUAUCGAGGAAAGACAUGAGGAUAUUGAGUAUUACUUUGAAAAUGGUAGAGUAGAAACAAUCUUCUCGCAAUUAAAGGAUAUGUUUAACGAUUUUAUUGAUGGAAUUUCUUUAUAG